AUGUCCAACUCUACAAGUUCUAGUGGCGAUUCCUGUGUGGUUUGUACGGACAGCGUAUCCUGCCCCACCUGUGGGGAGAAUGAGUAUUGCGUAAUGACUGCUUUAACAUGUAACGAAUGUCCUACAACAUAUUGUGCUACGAAGUCAAGUUCAUCUUUAGAUACGUUGAGUAAUUCAACAACUACCUCGACCAGUGCAUCGAGUACUUCUCGUUCAUCUAGCACCUCCAAAACCAAUAACAAUCCCAAAAUUAUUGGUGGUGUAUUUGGUGGUAUAUUUGGCAUCUCUCUCGUUGUACUUUUCCUUGCUUAUCAGUGGUACUGGAAACCAAAAUAUAGAAAAUCUGAUUCAAAACUGCUGGAUGCAAAAAGUAGUGCAGAUCUCGAGUUGGCUGACGACGAAGAAGAUGACGAUUUUGAUGAUUUUGAUGAUGACGAGGAAGAGGAGGUACCUUCGAACAUGGGUAACUUUCAAAGCAAUACGAAUGGAACUACCGCUAUUAAGACGAUGACCAUGCCUCCUCCACACCAACAAGCUGUCAGAAGGACAACUUUGAUGAAUCCAGGUGAUAGAAGAAGCACAACAUCUACUAUAAGAACAAAAGCCUCAAACAUUUUGCCAAUCGCUUACAUUCCGGGUGUUACAAGUACAGGAUUGAAUAGACCAAGAAAAUUCGCAAGUAGUAAUCUGAAUGUCGCGGGUGAUGUUAGGUCCCACAUUACCUUGGGUUCAUCCAUUUUAGAUUUUGAAGAGGAAGGAGAAAAUGACAUGGUUGAUGAAACUAACAAAUAUACGAAUAGACAAAAUACGUCGAAGGUACGCGAAAAGAAAGCCUCACAGGAUAACUUAACCACUGCCAUCAAAGCUAGACCCAAGUUGGUGGAAAUUACUGAAGAAAUGAAUGAAGAGGAUCAAGAGGAGCAAGAAAAUUUCAUAUUGAGAGACACAAUAGAAGAUAUCAGGGAAGUGACAGGCACCACAGAUUUGAUAAGUCUAUCAAGGGAAUACAACGGUGAUGAGGAUCAAAACUCAUUGAAUGAUGAUGGCAGUUUCCUAUUGGAUUUAGAAAUACCUGAUUCAUUACGAGAUACUUCGAAACCGGAUAGAAACGUCAAAGACCCAGAAGCCAAUGUAAACGUUGAAAGCCCAUUUGAUGAUAAAUUCAACAUUGAUCUGAGAGACACUACCUAG